CAUCUCUCGUCCCAUCCAAAGUUUUGACUUGACCAUCCAAACCGGCGCCAUUUCCAUCACCCACGCCCACCUCAUCUCCCUCUCUCAGCGACGAUAUCUCCCUUAAUAGCCUCAAUGGCAUCCAAACGCCCCCUCCAGUCCCUCCUGUCUACACCGUCGUGCUCCUCCCUCCGGACCGCCCAGUCCUCGCGCCAGACGCUCGUGCGGCGGACCUCCGCGUGCGCAUCAUUCUCAACCACCACCCCCUCCCAGUUCCCCGAACACCAGACGGAAGGCUCCAAUGUGCCACGAUGGCAGCAGACACCCCCGCGCAUGAGGGCGCCCUUCCGCAUACGCGCGCAGCCCAAGGGCCCCGUCUUCCGCGUCAACGAGGACCCCCGGAAACUCGACGAUGUGUAUAACCGCAUGCUGGGCCAGGGCGGCGACAAGAUGCUGAGUGAUGAGGUGAAGUGGUUGGCCGUUACACACAAGAGCUUUGAGCACGGUGCUAGAGGCUUCAACGAUCGAUUGGCGUUUUUAGGAAAACGCAUCGUCUCCCUCCAAACCUCCUUAGCGUUCCUCUCCAACCCACAGCCAGACCUCCAAUGGCCGCUAGACGCCCAAAAUUACCCGCUCCCAGAUCGAUACGGACGCACGCCGUUCUUACACUCAGCUCUGCGUGGACUACCGGGUCUCUCUGACGAAGCCAGUGUGCUCGAUAAGACGCGCCUAGCCAACAUUGCUGAGCGAUACGGCCUCGAUAAAGUAGCAAGGUGGAAGCCGAAACGGACGGAUGACCUCCUCGCCUCAGGUCAACACGCCGUCCUCGCUACAUCGCUAUACGCCGUCAUCGGUGCAGUGGCCCUCGAACGCGGCGGCGCCGUCGCAAACCACGUCACCCAGCAGAAAAUACUCGCACCGCUCGGCUUCGCCUUCAAUGCGUCUUCAUCCCCUUCGUCAUGA